UGUUCCCACAGCCUGCGGCGAGAGGGCUACACCGUGCAGGUGAACGUGAACGAUUAUCUGGACAUCUACUGCCCGCACUACAACACCACGCCCACCCACAACCUGCACUGGAAGUGUCUGAGGAUGAAGGUGUUCGUCUGCUGCGCCUCCACAUCGCACUCCGGGGAGAAGCCGGUCCCCACUCUCCCCCAGUUCACCAUGGGCCCCAAUGUGAAGAUCAACGUGCUGGAAGACUUUGAGGGAGAGAACCCCCAGGUGCCCAAGCUUGAGAAGAGCAUCAGCGGGACCAGCCCCAAACGGGAACACCUGCCCCUGGCCGUGGGCAUCGCCUUCUUCCUCAUGACGCUCUUGGCCUCCUAGCUCUGCCCCCUCCCUUGGCGGGGAGAGAUGGGGCGGGGCUGGGAAGGAGCAGGGAGCCUCCGGCCUCUCCAAGGAAAGCCCAGUAGUGGGGCCUAGACCCCUCCUCCCGUGGCUGGAAGUGGGGUCUGCACCAUACGUCUGUGCCCACCCCCUCUGCCCCUUCCCCUAGAGAGGGCACUGUAGUGGACCAGGCACAGGGACAGCCAUGGGUCCCCGGUGGCCUUGUGGCUCUGGUGACGUUGGGUACCAAACUUGGGGGCCGAAAAGGGCAGUGCUCAGGACUCCCUGCCCCGGUACCUUUCCCUGACUCCUGGUGCCCGCUCCCUUUGUCCUCCCAGAGAGACAAAUAAUGCCCCCAAGAGCGCAAGUCCAAGCCGGGAGGCGCCCCCAUGGCGCUCCUCCAGGGGCAGAACGUGGAGAGGGGACUAGAUGGGCGGGGGUAGCACCACACGCGGCCCCCCUCCCCCUGUUUACAGCAAUAAGCACGUCCUCUUCUCUCCACUCCCACUUCCGGGAUUGUGGUUUGGAUUGAAUCCAAGUUUACAAGCAGACAUCCCUGGGGGGGCGGGCAGUGGACAAGGAUAGCAAGGGGUGAGCAUUGGGGUGCCAGGCAGGCAUGUACAGACUUCUGUAUCUCUAUAUAUAAUGUACAGACAAGUCCCUCUCCCUCCUGAACUCCCUGACCUUUCUCGACUUCCCCUUCCAGCUUCAGACCCCUUCCCCACCAGGCGAGGCCCCCUGCCCCAGGGGGCCCCCUGGCCCCUCUUUUGUCUUCCGUGAAGACAGGACCUAUGCAACGCACAGACACUUUUGGAGACCGCGAGACAACAACGCCCCUCCCCAGCCCUGGGCUGGGAUCCAUCUCCCAGGCCCUCGCCCUGCUCACCCCAUGUGGUCCCAACCAUCCUCCUGGGCCUUUUUCAAGUGCUUUGGCUGUGACUUUCAUACUCUGCUCUUAGUCUAAAAAAAUAAACUGGAGAGAAAAG